UUCGUCCUAGUUUGGCCCGGUGCCCGGGACUGCAAUCGGUUUCUGCUGAGACAGUAGUGGGAGUAAAGGGGAAAUUGCAUCUGUCGUCAGUAGUUACCAUACAGCGAUUCAAUUAAACGGAACCCGUUUAUAUUUUCAUGCGGCUUCCGAAAGCGGUUCUGCCAAACUUGGUUCGUAGCGAUCGCGGUUAACAUUACUUUAGAUAACAGCCUGGUACUGCAGUUGAGCGCUUCUUCAUUAAAGUUCAGGUCGUUGAAUACUGAAGGACAGCCAAUGAAUGUAAUAAAAAUGUAAAAAUUGUGUUUGUAAAAAUACGCUUUUGGAUAUUCACCUUUUUAAUUUGUUCUUUUUUUCAUGAAACACUGUCGUUUAAUCCUGUGGAAAUAGUCUUUACAUUGCAGUUUGUUCAAGGGAUACGUGUAUGGUAAAUAUUUUGAAACGACACAGAAUGAUUCAUUUGUUGACUGUCAACGUGGCUCCAGAACAGCAUAUUGUACGUUAAAUUCUCCGGGAUCGUAAUGUCAUUUAACAUGCUCGCUUUUACCAUAUUGGGGAGGGGGACGAGUUUCUAUCCAGGUCAUUAGGAAUUAAAUAUUUUUAAAGGGAAGGCAAACAUUGACGAAACUAAAUUUUUAUUGACUGGAUAUUACUAUCUUUUUGAUAAGCCUAAUAUAGCGGUCACCAUGUUUCACUGUGAAACAUAAACGAAAAGACGGACACCGAGUAAUUUAAAUGAUUUAGUGUCCGAUCCGGGUAUCUGCGGUUAAAAACAGGUCUAUCGUCCCUCUGGCCACUUCGUGGUGGAGAUCAAAGGUGGGGGAAGUCUGUUUUCCCUGGAGGUCUGCCUUCCUAAAGUCAGUAGCCCGGCUUGUCCCAGGAGAGCGGCCUGGGAGGGGCCUUCCCACACACUGGCGUGGCUGGGCUCAAGCUGGAGGCGGUGAUGGAGCAGCUGCAGAGACAGCAGCAAGCCCGCCUGGAAAUGGAGCGCAAGGAGCAGCGUCUGCGCGAGGCCCAUGUCAUGUAUGUCCAGCAGGUGGCGGCGCAGCAGGCCAUCCUGGCUGCCGCCCGCACCUCAGGGGGGCUCUUCUCGGGGAAGGCCUCGGAGUGCCGGCAGGGUGGUGGGGAGUCGGGACGUUCCUGCGGAGAAGGGGCCCGUGACUCGGAGGGGGAGGACGAGGAGGAUGAGGAGGCGAUGGAGGACGAGGAAGGCUGCGAGGAGGAUGCGGCCAGUGGGGGAACUGCACUUGAAUAUCUGCGCGAGCAGAGCCUAGCGCUACAGAAGGCGACCUCGCGCCUCCCUGCUCAUCCCUGCCCCCCCUACUUGGCUCCCGGGCCCCAGUGUGCCACAUCGCCUCCUGUCAGAGUGAAGCAGGAGCCUGAGGAGGAGAGCCGCUCGCCUGCGGGACCUCCUUCGGCCACCUCGCCCAACGGACAGGCCGACUGGAGCUACGAAGAGCAGCUUAAGCAGAAUGGCAGCGCUGCCUGGGCCGAUGAAGCCGACGGUGGGAGAGGAAGAGGAGAAGCAUCCAGAGACUUUGCCAAACUUUACGAGUUGGAUAACGACCCCAAUCGCAAAGAGUUCCUGGACGACCUGUUUGCCUACAUGCAAAAGAGAGGUGAGGCUUAGCCGCCCAUCCUGCACGGCAGCCAUGGGUCAGUAGGGUUUCUCAGUCUUUUGUAACGCUGAUGCACACUCUACUUCCACUCUGGGUGUGUCGUGUGUUUGCCAAAUGGAUUCCUGAUUAUAAGGACGGUGCAGCUGGUUUAAGUCAAUAGUUGCCCUGGUGACGCAUCCUAAUUGGCAAACUGCCAAAUAAUGAUGUUAUUGAAGGCAGUAAGAAGCAGGUGACAUAAACCGCAGCCAGAAUUGACUGCUAAUUUAAUCGAUUAGCGGUAAGACCCUCCAAAACCCCGCAGAGCCCCCAGCCCCCCACUUUCUGACGCUAUCAUUUUUUGUUUAGGAUGCCGUUAUCCAUCUCAUAUCUCGGCAGGAAUCGCGUUUCCUCGCACAGCACUCUGUGAACCUGUGUUUACCUAGCACCCUCUGUGUGUUGCCUGUCCCCCUGU